AUGUCAGACUCAGAGGAUCUUCCCAAAGGCAAGCACCAGAUGCAUUCACACAGGAAAUGAACCAUGUUCACUGAGAAGCUACUGGAAGAUUUGAACAUCUUUUUUAAUGAGAACCUAUACCCAAACCCCAGCCUUCAGUGGGCUUCGAAAAUUGACAUACAUCCAACAGUACUGGAGGUCUGGUUCGAGAACCACAGAGCAAAACUUAAGAAAGCAAAAUGCGAGCAUAUUCAGCAAAAACAAGAAACUCAACAACCAUCAAUACCAGAGGGUGAAGUCAGGACUAGUGCUGGCCUGAGAAAUACAGACACGGUACUCAGAUUCCCCAAUGCUGUUCAUCCUGUCGGCCUGGUGUAUAUGAAUCUUUGGACACCCUCGUUCCAACUCAUUCUGUACCCCAACCUUAAGGUCCCUACAAAUGACUUCCCUGGCCAAAAAAUAGUCCAUUUUGGCUGCUGCCAAGAUCCUAACAUAUACUGCCUCUAG